UAUCCCAUGGAAAAUGGCAUUGUCCGCAAUUGGGAGGACAUGUGUCACGUCUGGGACUAUACUUUUUACAACCGCCUUAACAUCGAUACCAAGAACUGCAAGAUAUUGUUAACCGAACCGCCGAUGAAUCCCAUAAACAACCGGAAGAAGAUGAUUGAAGUGAUGUUCGAGAAGUAUGGCUUUCAUUCCACUUAUAUCGCCAUUCAAGCCGUGCUCACACUCUAUGCUCAGGGUUUAAUGACUGGCGUUGUGGUCGACAUCGGCGACGGUGUCACUCAUAUCUGUCCCGUAUAUGAAGGCUUCGCUUUACCACAUCUGACGCGACGCCUGGAUAUCGCCGGUCGGGAAGUGACCCGAUAUCUCAUAAAAUUGCUUUUGCUUCGGGGCUAUGCCUUCAACCAUACGGCGGACUUCGAGACGGUUCGUAUGCUGAAGGAGAAGAAGUGUUACAUCGCAUACAAUGUGGAACAGGAGCAGCGGUUGGCACAGGAGACCACUUAUUUGACUGAGACCUACGCUCUACCGGACGGGCGUGUCAUUAAACUGGGCGGUGAACGCUUCGAGGCUCCCGAAGCCCUAUUCCAACCUCAUUUGGUUAACAUAGAAGGCCAGGGCAUUGCGGAACUCCUAUUUUCUACUAUAAAUAGCGCCGAUAUGGACAUCAGGAGCGAGUUAUAUAAGCAUAUAGUGCUGAGCGGGGGCUCCACUAUGUAUCCCGGGUUGCCGUCGAGACUCGAACGCGAACUCAAACAACUCUACUUAGAGAGAGUGCUUAAGGGAGACGUCGAGAAACUACAGAAAUUCAAGAUUCGUAUUGAAGACCCGCCGCGAAGGAAGGAUAUGGUGUUCAUCGGCGGCGCCGUAUUAGCCGAUGUCAUGAAAGAUAAGCCACAGUUUUGGCUCACGAAAGCACAGUUCGAAGAGAUGGGUAUCGACCGACUCAUGCAAAUGAAAUACGGCACCGGAUCUAAUAAAUUCAUGGAUAACUCCAACGAUGGCUAGUGACUACAUUCCCGGCGCCCCACCACUAAAGCAAUCAUUAUUGAAAUUUCAAUUUUAUAUUUCAACUAAAAAUAAUUUAUUAUUUUUUAAUAACUUAAUUGUGAUUUUAAAAACAAAAAAUAUUAAAAAUGACUUAAAAAUUGAUAUAAAAUUUGAUAGAUUUCUGUUUAUAG